GAUACUCCUGUGCGUUAGCAUUCGCAGCGUUAGCAUCGUUAGCAUGGAGAGCACCGCCAUUACUCUGCUGUGUGACGGAGCGGGGAGGAUGCUCUUUAAGAAGGGCUCAGAGAGCCCGCUGGACCGCCCGGACCGGCCCGACCGCGGCCUGGAGGGACUACAGGCAUCGUCCGGACCCGCUAGUAAGGCCUCCAUGGGCGGAGGAUCGCUGCCCGAGUCCCCGGAGUCCGACGACUUCGUGCCCGACUUCGGCGGCAGCGCCCUGGUGGAGGACACCCGCCGGCUCAUCGGCGGUUUUUACCGCGGAUAUAUCGGCCAGAAGACCCGGAACAAGCACCCUUCCCACGGCACGAUGAGCAGGGUGGUGGAGGGGGUGAUCCACAAGCACAGUAUCGCGUACAACGGUAUGGUCCAGCGGCUCAAUCUGAAAGAGCAGGACGAUAGCAUGGAGCUUAUUAGCAGCGUGGCGAAGACCCUGUUCAGUGAUGGGACCACCAACUGGGGGCGGAUUGCCAGUCUGGUGGCGUUCGGUGCGGUGGUCUGUGAACAGCUGAAGGAAGCAGACAGAGAACAGUGUGUGGAGAACGUCAUACAACACAUUUCAACGUACCUCAGCACAGACCAGCGACAGUGGCUCAUCAACAACAAAGCCUGGGAUGGUUUUGUGGAGUUCUUCCGCGAGGACGACUCCGAGUCGCGCGUGCGGAACGCUCUUAUGGCCUUCGCAGGAUUCGCCGGUCUGGGGGCAGGGCUAGCACUACUGAUGCGCUGAUUGGGUUGGGGCCCCAAGCGCAGUUACAAACAUGAAUGUUCGUUGGGUCCGAUGGAGACCACGCCCCUCUGAGAGACUACAACCAGCCAGUCACAAUCAGCCGGCCGGCCAAUCAGAGUGCUGCGAUUGUGCUAGCCCUGUAACACGUUUCAUUGGAGAGGCAACGAAGAUUUCAUUGAAAUGUUUAUCUACUGGGUUCAUGAUAUUCAUGACGCUGAGCAGAGUUUAAUGUUUAAUUUAAUGUUUCAGUACCUGUUAUUUUGAGCUUCUGUCCUGCACUGGAUCUCAGUGCUGCUGAGAGAGGAAGCAGGUCCAGCUCAGUGUGUACAGUCUGAAAUUUUAUUUUUAUAAGAAAUGUACUUGUGCCACUGCGGGAUGAAAUUAAACUGUUUCCUUUGACUCAGA